GUCACCUGCAGUCUUGCCAGGUGGGAAGACCAGACAAAAUACCAGAGAUAGUAAUACGAUAAAGGGUGGAUUGGAGGUGAGGUGAGAUGAGCAGAUGUCUUUGACAAGAGGCGUGAUAAGAAAAGAGAAAUAACAAAAGAAGACAUCAACCUCAUCACCUCCCAUCAUGUCUUUGUCCAAGCCAGAGGAGCUGCUUGCUUACGAGCUGAGUUGUCCCAUCUGCCUCCAGCUCUACUCUGAUCCGGUGGUUCUUCCCUGUGGCCACAACUACUGUCUAGCCUGCAUCUGCAAGACCGCUGUCACCGCCGACCAAGGCGGCACGACGCUUCCACGUUGCCCAGAGUGUCGUGAGGAAUAUCAGGGUCUGGACUCCCUGAAGAGAAACUUCAAACUCUGCAGCAUCAUCGAGGGUUACCGAGCCACCGCUGCUCAUCUGCGCGGGCAGCCUGACGCCAAGCCUGGGAGGAUGGAGGUUUUCUGCGACCAAUGUAUAGACGAACAGUCGCCGGCUGUGAAGACCUGCCUGAAGUGCGAGGUGUCGCUGUGCUCCAGGCACCUCCAGAGACACCACGAGAAGGAGUCGUUCAAGACGCACGCUGUGGUGGAGCCUCUGAAUGAGAUGGGAGUGAAGGGCUGCACCGUCCACCAGCGUGUGUUUGAGUACUUUUGCUCCAGUGACAUGACCUUGCUGUGCGGCACAUGCUUGAUAGAAGGCCAUCACCAGAACCACGAUGUUCUCACCUUCGUCGUAGCCGAAGAAGAGAUGAGGCGGGCGCUGGAGAGCCGCAACAAGGUGGUUUGCUGCAGGCUGCAGAUGACCCAGAGUCUCCUACAGAAGACGGCAGAGGAGCAGGGAGCCUCUGAAACUGUGGGAGACAAACUGAUCAACAAGGCUGUCACUCUCAUGGACGGUAUGGCUGCACUCGUGGACAGGUACAGGGAGCGUCUGAUUGUGCUUCUGGAGGAGGAGAGAGGCCAGCGCAGAAAAAGCUGGCAGCUCGGACUGAGCGCACUGGAAGAGCAGCAGCAGCAGUUAAUGAAGGUCCAGCAAAGUGCCACAGAGGCACUCAAUGAGACUGACACGUGCAUCUUCAUACACAGGUUCAUGCAGAUUGACCAUAAGAUGAGAGAAGUUGUCGAAGACACCAGUCCCUCCAUGAUCCCCUGGAAGGCACCGCUCAACACCAGGCGUGUCCACACAGGCCUCAAAACCCAAGACUUCCGCUCAGAAAUGACCUCCUUCCUGGAUUCUCUUCACCUCCUCCUCAACCCCCUGGAUCUCACCUUCAACAUCUGCACCGCCCACCCCAGCUUGAUAGUGUCCAAUGAUCUGCGCACGGUCAAGUAUAGCUCCACCAAGCAGGCAUAUGCGGAGCACCCAGAGCGUUUUACAAGCGCACCUCAGGUUAUGUGCAGUCAGGGUUUCUCAAGUGGCGAGCAUGUAUGGGUGGUAGAGGUGGGGGCCAACAGCAUGUGGUCACUGGGCGUUUGUUACAAGACCAUCCCUCGCCGUGGCGACCACAGUCGCCUGGGGCACAACUCUGUGUCCUGGCGAUUGCAGUGGAAAAACGGCAAGCUGACAGUGUGCCAGUCCUCCUGUAAUGUGGCUCUGGGGGACAUGACCCAUCCUCCGCUGAAGAUUGAGGUAGCGCUGGACUAUGAGGGGGGGGUGUUAACGUUCCAUAGCAUCAAAGGGCGUAGGGAGCACCUCCAUACCUUCAAGGCUGUGUUUAGGGAGCCGGUUUACCCAGCGUUCAGUAUUCAUUCAAACAAACCAGAGUCCUGGAUCACACUGCACAGUGGGAUGUGAACGCAACUGUUUUUGUUUAGUACUUCCCAAUAGGGCUGCACAAUUAAUCAAAAUAUAAUCUAAAUCACAAUAUGGCUAAGUGCAAUAUCCAAAUGGCAGGAGAUACAAAAAUUCCCAGGAGCUCCAAUUGCAAAAAAGCAAAAUGUGUCACAUUGUUGUGCAUUGUGAGCAACAUAAGCAUUGUGGUGCAACAGAGACGCCCCGGCCUACAAAUCAUAUUCUCCAGAUGUUAAAGGAACAUGUUUGUUUGGUACAAGACCAAACAAAAA